AUAAUAAAUCCUUAGUAAUCAUAAUCCCUUCCAUCUCGAUCACCAGCAUCUCAAUCGUUUAUUUAACUUUCGUCUUUCUAUUUGUGGGGUUCGGGGAGUACCAAAUCAUAAAUAAUCCUGGUCGAAAGUUGUUCACUUGCAAACUCUAGAAGCAAUUCUCUUUCUUUAAUCCUCCAAUCUUUAAUCUCCAAUCCACACUGGGCACUUCUCACUUUGGACUUUGGACUUCUGACUUCUGACUUCGAACUUCUGACUUUCGACUUCUCACCUCUCAUCACAUCACAUCUUUUCUUUCGUGAUAGCUUUUUGGUAAUCGCUCACCACUACCACCACCACCACCACUACCACUACCACCACCAUCUUUUGUAAAUCUGACCAUCAAUCGACCACCACCUUUCCUUCUCGAACUCUCUUCAAAACCGAUCCUUGACAUAAUGAUGCAUAUGUUUUGAAUAUGCGACGCAUACAUUGACCCAACAAUCAACAACUUGAGCACCAACGCGGGGUGGACCAGUUCUUGGAGUUCUUGAAGGAAGAGCUCAAGCUACUAGGCUUGCGCGGCAACCUUCGGAAAAUAAUUCGACGACUUCCUUGGAUAAUACAAUACUCCUGAUGAAUUCGAAACGUCGCAAAGAAACCAAAUUGAAAUUGUACAAGUCGAAAUCUACACUAUCGAGGGAAUUGUUUGCGAGUGCCCAGGUGUAGCGAAUCGUUCGAUUGCGAGGCCGGAUUUGGCUUGAAUCAACAAGGCUGUUUCCCAGACCCAUCGUCGACGACCAAACAUAUAACGGUCUGGAGAUGAGGAUUGGUAUCAGGCUACAACUUGGCCUGGUUGUCCUGGUGGCUGCUCUUGUUCCAUUGAUUGUGCUGGCUCUCGCGACUUGGUUCAACAAUUAUAGUUUUACAGUCGACGUUAAAGAAAAUGCCCUUAGUCUUACUGCAUCACUCAAAGCCGCUUCAGUGGCUUCCGAUUUACUCCUAAUUCAGGCCACAUGUUCGACCAUCGUCACUAGGAUCCUUAUCCAGGAGGCCAUUCGCGACUUUUAUAGUGGAGUUCCCGAGUGGAAUGAAGCAAGAGAAGAUGUACAAAGCGCUUUGGCUUCUGGUGGUCUAUCUGCACUGCUUCAAGUAAUCAUAUUUUCGCGGAAUCAGACAGGUUCGGUCAGUGGGAUAUUGAAUGUCACAGCCAAUGCAUCCGGUGUUGCAGAUAUACAACUUCCCUAUAAUAACUCAUUAAAUCAGCCUGCCUUUCUAGGCGAUGCUGAUCAGGGAUAUCCAGCGGCUUUGUAUCCCAAUAUCUCUUAUAUCCCAACCACAGAUCCCGACCCAAAUGCUCCAGGAACGAAUUUUACACAGGUAUAUGCAUUUGCCGAUUACCCACUGAAUAAAAGUGCUGCUCUUCUACUCGGGCCUUUACAGAUUAAUAGCACCUAUGCUUUAGUGUCACUGACCUUGCCGAUUGUCGAGAAUUCAAAUCCCGAUUACGUUCUAGGUUAUAUGACCGUGGUAGCAGCUGCAACUUCGCUAAUCGACGUUAUUUAUUCUCGGGAGGGCUUGGAUAAUACAGGAAUAGUGUUGGUCGUGGGAACCAAUCGACGAGAGAACCAGUUCUCGUACAUGUCGAGACCGGCUACAGCAACUUAUGAACCCGACCUCCAUAAUUUGACAAAAGCAAGUGUCAAAUACGUUUUCCCUCCAUAUCCUCUUGACGGACAAACUGAUAGGCAUUCCGACUACAAUGCAAAUUUAACUCAAUAUGGAAGCUCGAAUUUUAGCGAAGGCCAAUAUCCGGCUAUUCUAGAUGGGUUUGGACGACAGAAUCCGAAAGUCAAUAAUGCCAGUAGUUAUAUCACAACCACAAACGAGCAAGGAGUAAAGGUGUCGGUAGGGUGGGCAAGACCACAAAGUGCACUGGUUGAUUGGCUUUUGAUAGUCGAACAAGCUCAUUCUGAAGCUUGGGAACCCAUUAUCAAGCUUAGGAAUAUCUUACUUGCAUGUGUUUUUGGUACAUUUGGAUUGAUCCUUAUUGUGGUUAUACCGAUGGCUCAUUUCAGUGUUCGACCAAUCAGAAGACUAAGAGAUGCCACAAAACAAUCCGUUCAGCCACCGGGUUACACUCCGCGUCAAAGUAUAGACGACGACUUAUAUGGCGAUGAAGAAGUCGGCGAGGGCGAUUCAAGCGGGUACAAGAAAACGGGAUUUUUGGUCCGGCUGAGAAAACUGACACAUUCAGGGCGUCGUGUGUCAAAAGCAGAAAAAUCAGAGGCCGAUAGGCGAAGAGAUUUUAAAAUCCCUGGAAAGGUACCUGAUCGAAGACAUUGGAUUGAAGACGAGCUUACGGAUUUAACUUCGAAAUUCAAUGAAAUGAGCGACGAAUUGCUCCUGCAAUACACGAGUCUCGAAUCCAAAGUUGCCGAACGUACGGAACAACUUGAGCAUUCUAAAAAGGCAGCGGAGGCAGCAAAUGAGAGUAAAACAUUAUUCAUUGCAAACAUAUCGCAUGAAUUGAAAACUCCAUUGAACGGGAUUCUGGGAAUGUGCGCCGUAUGCAUGGGCGAGGAUGAUUUGCCAAGCAUCAAACGCUCAUUGAAGACGGUUUACAAAUCUGGUGACCUUUUGUUAAACUUAUUGAAUGAUCUUUUGACGUUCAGCAAGAACCAAAUUGGCCAGCAAUUGCAUCUAGAAGAGAAAGAGUUCCGACUGUCUGAUGUAAAAGAGCAGAUCAAGAACAUAUUCCGAAAGCAAGUGGAUGAAGGCGGUAUUACUUUUGGAGUCCACUUCUUGGGCACUGAAAGUACAGAUGGAACCCAACUAGAAAAACCGACCGGAAAGCCUCUACCAGCACUAGGACCUAAUGGUAUCGGUAGAUUGAAAGAUAUGUGUUUGUGGGGUGACCAACACAGAAUUCUCCAAAUCAUUAUCAAUCUAGUCAGCAACAGCCUCAAAUUCACACCAGCAGGAGGAAAAGUAGAAGUCAGAAUUAGAUGUAUGGGCGAAUUGGAACAACAAUUUGAUGGUGUCACUAGCCGAAAUUCCAUGGGAUCGAAGCAGAGCUCCCACAGGAGAAAUGUUAGAACCCGUACCGGCUCUGGAUCAAAUGCUUCAGGGCAUACUUCAACGCAUGCAUCGGGUCAAAUAUCAAGGACAGCUUCGAAUACCAAGCAAGCUGGUACUGCACUAGUAAUCAACCCUAUGGAUCCAAGAGCUCGUGUCCAGUUAAAUGAGAGAUCGGCAACUCCGCCACCAAACAAUGCUAGGACUUUAUGGUUUUCAAUAGAGGUUGAGGAUACCGGACCUGGUAUUCCCGAGCAUCUACAGGAGCGAGUCUUCGAGCCUUUCGUACAGGCUGAUCUAGGUUUAAACAAGAAAUAUGGAGGAACCGGGUUGGGAUUAAGUAUUUGCUCCCAGUUAGCAGGCCUUAUGGGAGGUUCUAUCUCUCUCGUUAGUACACUUGGAGAAGGUUCCACGUUCAAUGUUCAGUUACCAUUAAAAUUUGUCAAGGAGCGAGCACCAAGCACAUCUAGUUCUGAUGUUAUUGGUUCUCGGCCUGCAAGCAUGGUUUCGCAAUCAGAGCUCGAACGCCAUACUCCACAGGGUUCCAUUGAUGCCACGGCUGCUGUAGGGUCCCCUGGAAAAGGCAAUAGCGGUGCAGGCUAUUCAAUGGAUACUCAACCUCGAUUGGUGGGACUUCGACAGCCAUUUUUUACAUCAUCCCCCACACCUCCACCUAACGAGGAUAAUGCAAAAUCUCAACUCGCCGCGCUCGAUCGCGCCGCCAAGGAGAAAGUCGGGGAUAAGAAAAUUCGAGUUCUGGUUGCCGAAGACAAUCUUGUCAAUCAAGAGGUAGUUCUUCGCAUGCUUAAACUCGAAGACGUGUAUGAUGUAGUAGUUGCCAAGGAUGGCCAGGAGGCAUACGAUAAGGUAAAGCAAAGCAUGGAAGAGGGCACGUUCUUCAACUUGAUCUUUAUGGAUAUUCAAAUGCCAAAUCUGGAUGGACUGCAAAGCACGAGAUUAAUCAGAGAAAUGGGUUAUUCUGCGCCCAUUGUAGCACUAACCGCUUUUGCUGAAGAGAGUAAUGUCAAAGAAUGCUAUGAGUCCGGAAUGGAUCAUUUCCUAAGUAAACCUAUUCGACGACCAGCUCUCAAGCAAGUUCUCAAGAAAUUCGCCACUAUCCCAGAAGAGAUAGAAGACUCCUCCGUAACUCGAAAAAGCACACCAGAAAAGGGGCAAACGUCGAAAAAACAACACAAAAAUACAUCCACUUCAACAUCCAGUCCAGCAUCAAAUUCUGAAGCUGACCUCAUUAAAACGAACGGGACUCCUUCACCUCCCUCACCUUUGACUUCUACAUGACCACGUUACAACACAACAGAUAGAGCGCGUUUAAUUUCCGCAUUUUACUUUUUUUCCUUUUUUUUUUCGCUUCAUCAGGAUACCCAGCUUAUUAUACACGAAAAAAGCAUUUUAAUAUUUAAUGCGCGAUUGGAAUGACACGAGUUUUCUUUAUUCACCCAAGUCCUUCAGAAUUGUAUUUUCAAGGGGAAAUUAUUGGCUGCAGGUACAAAAAGUACUGAUUAAAAGAUAUUGCAUAAUGGCGUUUGGGCGAACUGAAAGACCAGGAAACGAGACGAUAUAAUAAAAGUUCACUGGCGGGGUUCUUUUAUUGGGUUUACUUUUCCUUAUCUGAAACUUUGUAUUUUCGAAACGGUCGAAGACUUUUCAAGUCCGAUGGAUGGAAGAGUGGAUGGACGAGUGAAUGGAUGGGGAAAAUGAUUGAACAUCUGGAGUUGGCAAGUUCGAAUAGUGGCAUGCAUGGCAGAAUAAUGAAAGAUGAUAAGAUGUGAAGGAUCGGCAUAGUGGUUCAAGGGGUUCAUGAAUGCGUGGGGGACAGAAGGAGUUGGAUAUUUUGAUCUGAAUGGGAUUUCAGAAAUGAUAGGAGGGAGAUUGAUUGUGGUGGAAUGGUUGAAAAGUGGAUGAGUGGAAUAGUAGGAGGCAGGCGAUCACAUUGACACGUUAGUAAGACGCGAAGAGAAAUGAACGUAGAUGCAAAUAAUCGCAUGUCAUCUCUCGUAUUUUUUGCCUCGCGAAUUUUUGAAUGGAUGAGUGAAUGCGUGAAUGCGUGAUGGAUAUGUAUGUGAUAAGCGAGUUAAAGAAGUGUCGCAAAGAAAACAUGAGUGAAAAUCAAACGCGAGUAGUUUUGCGCAUAUAAUAGGUAUCUACUCUUGUGUAUAUAUCAAUCCCUUGAAGUCGAAUCGAUAAAUCGCAAAAUGGAAUUCAAAGCUAUUCUAUUAGGUCGUGAUACUUACUGCCUGUCAACUAGGUACUUAUUAUUGGUAUGAACUCUGGGAGAAUGUACUAGUAGAUUUGGAGGAUAGGAAACGGAUUGUG